ACAGAUGGCGCUAUUUGUUGGACUUGUGCCGACUGUUUCUAACGAGCAUGCUUUAUUGACAUUUUGGACGAUAUUUAUAAAUAAUUUAAUUCAAGCUGGCCUUAACUAGAAUUUGAAUCAUUUGUAAUUUUUUGACCAUCGAUCUGUGUUAAGUUAAACCGCUGGUUUUCAAUAAAAAUAGACAAAUUAUAAAAUUAAACGAGCGAUAAUAAAGCUAUAAAAAUAUUAUGUCUGAUGACGAAGAUAUACCCAAUUUAGUUCCCAUAGAAAAUGAACGUGAAGGGGAUAAAGUGCCUAUAACUGUUAUAACAGGUUUCCUAGGUUCUGGUAAAACUACCUUGUUAAAUUAUAUCUUAACUGAACAACAUGGGAGGCGAAUAGCUGUCAUACUUAAUGAGUUCGGAGAAGGUUCAGCCAUUGAAAAGUCAAUGUCAGUUGGACAAUCGGGAGAAUUGUUCGAAGAAUGGUUGGAAUUGCGUAACGGCUGUUUAUGUUGUUCAGUAAAAGAUGUCGGUGUGAAGGCCAUAGAGAAUCUUAUGAAAAAGAAAGGGAAAUUUGAUUAUAUUUUACUUGAAACAACUGGUUUAGCUGAUCCGGGUCCAAUAGCUUCAAUGUUUUGGUUAGACGAUGAAUUGUGCAGUGACAUUUAUUUAGAUGGUAUAAUUACAGUUACAGAUGCCAAGUAUUGCUUGCAGCAUCUAAAAGAGGUAAAACCCGAUAACGUUAUUAACGAAUGUAUACGUCAAAUUGCAUUAGCUGAUGUUAUCAUCUUAAAUAAGACGGAUUUAGUUGAUGAAGUAUCUUUAAGUGAAUUAAAAAAUGAAAUAAAGAUAAUAAAUAGUAUGUCAACAUUAAUUGAAACACAAUACUCAAAAAUUGAUGUGGGUGUAAUAUUAAAUUUAAACGCCUACGGUACUAAUUGCCCGGAUACUUUGACAAUAUCAACAGGAGAAAGUCACAUUGAUCCCUUGGUAACAACGGCCACUUUUGAAACUGGCGGCUACAUUAACAUUGAAAAAUUAGAGAGUUUUUUUAACGACCUACUCUGGGAGAAAAACUAUAAGGAUUCGAGUGGAAAUAUUAUUGAAAUUUAUAGAAUGAAGGGAGUUUUCUCAGUUAGAGGCGAUGGGAAACGACAUAUUGUACAAGCCGUACACGAAAUAUUUGAUAGAUCGAGAACAAGUGACUGGGAAGAAGGAGAGGAGAAGAUUAAUAGAAUAAUUUUCAUUGGCCGAAAUAUUGAUAGAACUAUAUUGAAAAAUUCUUUUCUUAGUUGCAUUUCCGACUGAUAGCUAAUCUUAUUUUUCCUAUUAAAUAAUUUCUAAUUAUGCGAUAUUUAA